CGAAUUGGUAUUUGAAGAAAAACAUAGGAACAAACAAUUCCACUGAAUUUCUCCAUUUAUAAAUAUAUUAAAAAGUCAGAAGUCAAUUACUCAACCAAUAGGAACUUGCCAUGGACACCAUAUGCGAACUACGCACCUUGCGUACCAUAGACAGCGGCACCGUUAAGUAGCGCGCGAAGCCGCGAACCGAUCAACUGUUUCUCCCUCUUUCAGAGUCAGAGCUUUCCGAGAACCGCCAUAGCACAAACACAGUCGCCUGUGCGUAGCGUGCACUCCGGCGUAUUUCUCUUAUUGGACGCGACUUUCUUGUUCAAUCGCUGAAAGAAUCAAUCCAAUCGAUUGAUCAAUCUAUUGAUCUUCAGGAUCACUCUAUGUCGAUGCUGUGUCGUGUGGAGUCUAGGGUUUGGCUUGUACUUUUCUCCUGUUUGAUUCUUCUGAGCUGGUUUCCAGGAUUUAUAUCAUCUGCAAUUGUUACACUUGAUUCCAUUGAAAUUUUCAAAACCCACGAGUGGAUAAGAGCCGAACCGACGGUUUACUUCUUUUGUAAAGAAGGAAACAAGACUGUUCUGCCAGAUGUGAAGAAAACACAUGUCAAGUAUAGUUUCAAGGGUGAAGAAUCUUGGCAGCCUCUGACGGAAUUUCCAAAUAUAAAAUGCAAACGAUGUGGAUUCUAUGAGCAGGACAUCUUAAAAUCGGACGAUGUAUUUGAUGAGUGGGAGUUUUGCCCUUCUGAUUUUACAGACUCUGAUGGAAAAGCUACCCAUUCCAAGGACAACGAAUUCAAGGCUACAUUUUCCUGUCCAGAUUGCGUACAUCUUGGAAGCGUAGAUUCCAAAAAUUCCUCUGGCUCGCAUAAAGGAGGGAAGGGAAUGCAUUGGGCCCUAAUAAUAACAAUCAGUGCUCUGGUUUCAACUAUCUUCAUUCUUGGACUAUUGGCAGCGUACAAGUAUUGGCAGAAGAGGAGGAGGGAGCAGGAUCAUGCCCGGUUCCUGAAACUCUUUGAAGAUGGCGAUGACAUUGAGGAUGAAUUCGGUAUCGGACCUCUUGGCGGUGUAAUUUGAUGUAUAGCAUAUUAGCACUAUGUUACAUUACAAUUUUACAACCAAAACCACUUGUAUAGUCUGUAUGGAUUCAUCUGUGUAAGAGAAGGAGUUUAAGCUACAAUUUCUGUGCCCAAAUUUUGGUGUAGCAUAAGUGGGUGAGAGAUUCAUUGUUGCUUCUUAGAUUGUAUUUGUUUGUGGUUCAUACCAAUGAGUGGAUCUUUCACAGUAAAAGAUUGUAAUUUGGCAUCGGAAAAAAUAGACCAGAACAUGCGAAAUAAAUGAACCAGCAACGGAUUCACACCCUAA